UCUUAUUGGGCUCGUCUAAAUUCUUGCUAUAUAAAGAACACCUUUCUCUUCUCUAUCUCUCAUCACCAAAUUCUCCUCUUACUUUUUCAUAAGAAGAAAAGGAUAUUUUACUUGUUUACCAAAUAUGGAGCUCACUAUCUUCCUUGUUUUUUCACUUCUACUAGUCCAUGGAGCUCUUGCUAAUAGUGGAGAAAUUGUGUGUGAAGAUUUGUCAGUGGAAAUAUGUGCCUACUCAGUUGCUUCCUCCGGGAGACGUUGCUCUUUGGAGACUUAUGAAUCAAGUGAGGUAACAACAGGUUAUCAAUGCAAGACCUCAGAGGUUGUGGCCAAUAUUGGCUUAGUGAAUUUGGUAGAAAGUGACGAGUGCAUAAGUGCUUGUGGAGCUGAUAGGAACUCUGUUGGUAUUUCUUCUGAUUCAUUUCUUGAAUCAACAUUCACCUCUAAACUUUGCUCCCAAGAAUGCUACAAAAAGUGCCCCAACAUUGUUGAUCUUUACUACAAUUUGGCUUUGGGAGAAGGGGUGUAUUUGCCAGCAUUUUGCAUGGGGAGAAAUUUGAACGGACGCCGUGAGAUGAGCCAAAUCCAAAGUUCAGGUGUGGCGUGGCCACCGUCAGCUGCCUCAGAUGGAUAUGGUCGACAGUUGAGUGAAGGCCCUGCUGCAAGUUUUGCACCAUUAUCCACAUCAGGUGGAUAUGGUCGACUAUUCAGUGAAGGCCCUGCUGCAAGUGUUGCACUCACAUACGAUGAUUUGGAGGCUGCUGCGCCAUGGUGAUGCUGAAGUUACAUGUGUCAUUUCCGAUCAUGAAGCUUUUCCAACUGCAUUAGUCCUAUAUAUAUUCGGCCAUAGUACUAAAGAGUCCAUAUGUUGCUCUGGUUGCACAUUUCCGUUUGUUGUUUGCUUUUACUAAAUAAUCUAUAGAAAUUUGAGGAUUACUUCAGUUGUCAUUUUGAUUACUUAUAUAAAGAUUAUUCUCAA